AUGGGUCCUGGAGACAAACGGUCGCCUUUUGCGUUAGUUAUCCAUUAUCUAGGGCGACUGGCAGAUCACAUCCGGGCACCGUCGCAGCUGGUUGAGGAUGCCUGCCAUUUGUCUCACAUCCUUGACUCGCAUCAGGUGGUGGCUAUUCCUUGUGUGUCUUCAGUGCCUCGGCCAGUGCCCGACAAUCUCACCACGCUUGACGGUGUCCUCAACAGGAUGUUGAAGAAGGAUGACCCGGAAAAGCUUCAGAUAAAGAAUCUUUUGCUUUUCAUGAAUUUUCGGUCUCAAUCUCGCACCUUCCAGGAUUUCCUGGUACAGUAUGACAAGUGCACGGCGCAGGUGCAUGCAGAAGUGCAGGCUCUGGACCAUUUCUUCAGGCAAAAUCUGUCUUUGGUGGGAAAUGACCGUUACAUUGCAUGUAGCAAGCCGGCCUGUCUAUGUUGCGAACUGUACUUCAAGCACCAUCCGGCUCGAAUGGUCGUCCCUGAAUCUCACAGCAAAGUCUGGGUUAAUUGGAGCCCGCAAUUAGUCAAAAAUCCCACGAGGAGGGAUCCAGAUUACGAUUUGCAGGUAAAGGUCCUCAAUGAGAUGACAAAUGAGCUUCGGCGGGCUGUGAUUGCUCAAAUCUUUGAUCAGUCGUCACCAAGUCCCUGGCAUCCUGAUUCCCAGACAGCAAUUUCAAAUGACCGGUGGUCUUGCAUAGAUUUGGAGGAGCUUCGGGGAGAUACGUUCCGAUAUUCAUCUGCUAACGGCAGUUUGAAAAUGGAGGCAGCUAAACAUAGCACGGCUAAGGUUCUUGAGGCAAAUAAGCUCAGGACAUACGUGUCGGAUGAAGACUCUGAUGCAGACUGUGGCGGGGUAUCUCUCAAGAUCUAA